AUGGUUGAUGACGAUUUUGCCCUCGACUGGCAUGUUUCGAAGUCGCGGGACGAGAACAAGGCCCUGAUGGUGACGCCGAGCCAUGAAAAUGUGCUGACGCAGGCUUCCCACUGUCGACUUGGCGAAUAUGUGGAAAUUUACUGUCGCCUGAAAUCUGGCAUAAGGAAAAACUGGCGGCCAGGGCAUCUGAUUCAGCCGCCACCUGGCAAAAUGGAAUAA